AUGGCCGACUACGUCAACAAACAGAUGAUUGAAUUAAACAAAGUUAAUGAAGAAAACUGUAAAAGAGCAACGAGGAGCGUGAAGACUGAGACCCGUCGCUCAGAGGGAAGACUAAGACUCUACAGGCUGGCUGCUGUGUGUUUAGGAGUGCUGUGUGUACUACAAGUCACUCUCAACAUCUCCCUGAGACUUGCUUUCUGUAAAGGCAAUGUGACUGCAGAGAAAGACCUGCUACAGACCAAACAAACCUGUCCUGAAGGCUGGCAGAUUAAGUUGGAAUCCAGUUGGUACUUCCUGUCUAAUGUGAAAAAACCUUGGAAGGAGAGCAGAGAGGACUGUCUGAAGAGAGGAGCAGACCUGGUGAUCGUAAACAGUGAUAUGGAACAGGAGUUUCUCUAUGGCCUCAAUAAGAGAGCCUGGAUUGGUCUGACUGACUCUGUUACUGAGGGGACAUGGACAUGGGUGGACGGCACACCACUGACCACCCCAAGAAUCUAA